AUGGAAGAGCAGGUAGCAAAGGCCAUAGAAAUCGCCGGGGACCCGAACCCCAACUCCGAUGCCAGCCUGAAAGCCCAAGCCUUCGAAUACAUCAACCAGCUCCGCUCCGACCCCUCAGGCUGGCAGGUCUGCCUCGCCCUCUUCACCAAGGACCCGCCCCAGUCUGGCAUCGUCCGCCAUGUGUCGUUAGAGGUUGUCAACAGUGCUGCCCAGGCGGGCCUCAUUGAUGCGCAGGCGCUUGGGUACGUCCGAGAUAGCAUACUGGGGUACCUGCGCCAGGUGUACGGCCAUGAGAACUCAAACCCGGACCCGGCCAGUAUUCAGAACAAAAUUGCGCAGACCAUUACCUUCCUCUUCUCCGCACUGUAUGGCAACGGAUGGGAGUCCUUCUUCGAUGAUAUUCUUGCCCUCACGCACAAAUCGCCGUCUAGCACCACACGGGAUAACCCGCUGGGUAUUGUGUUCUACCUCCGCGUGAUCAACUCUAUCCACGAUGAGAUCGGUGAUGUGCUGGUGUCACGGUCUCGCACCGAGCAGGACCGGGCGAAUGCACUGAAGGAUUUGAUCCGGGUGAGAGAUAUGCAGAAGAUUGCCAACUCGUGGCAGGAGAUCUUGUCCCAGUGGAUGGACGGCAACGAUCAGAUUGUUGAGAUGUCGCUCAAGGCUGUUGGGAGCUGGGUGAGCUGGAUCGACAUCGGGCUGGUGGUGAACCAGACAAUGCUCGACCUACUCUUCCAGCAGCUCGGACGGGCGCAGAAAGCAGACCUCCGCGAGGGAGAGGAUAAAGUACGGGAUGCGGCCGUGGAUGUCUUCACGGAGAUCGUCGGCAAGAAAAUGAAGCCGGAAGACAAGCUUGACAUGAUUGCAUUCUUGAACCUUGAUAAUGUGAUUUCCCAGAUCUCGUCCAGUCCGCCGCUCUACGCCAACCGGUUCACGUCCAAAUACGACACCGAUCUCGCCGAAACGGUUGCCAAACUGGUCAAUACUACGGUGGCGGAUAUCGUGCGGGCUUUGGACCAGGAGACCGUUUCCGCACAGUGCAAUGAGAAAGCGAAUGGGCUGUUGUUGGUCUUUCUUCCUCACAUCCUGCGGUACUUCUCCGACGAGUAUGACGAAGUCUGCUCGACUGUUAUUCCGUGCGUUAGUGACUUGCUCUCGUAUCUGCGGAAGGUCGCCAAGCUCAACCCUGAGCUCGCCUCUCAAAACUCAUCUAUCCUCCUCCCAAUCCUGAAGGCGAUUAUCUCCAAGAUGCGAUACGACGAGACUGCCUCCUGGGGCGACGACGACGAUCAGACCGACGAGGCUGAAUUCCAGGAACUCCGCAAACGACUCGGGACUCUGCAGCAGAUGGUCGCGACUAUUGACGAGAGACUUUACAUGGAAGCAGUCUCGGAACUCGUGGCGGCCACCUUUGAGAACAUGCGCCAGUCUGGGGCUCAGCUAGACUGGAGAGAUUUGGACCUUGCACUGCAUGAGAUGUACCUCUUCGGAGAAUCCGCUACCAAGGGUGGCAGUCUUUACAGCAAGGGACAGCCCAACAACCCAUCUGCGGAGAGGCUAGUCGAGAUGAUGCAGCGCAUGGUUGAGUCGGACAUCCGAUCCUUCACCCACCCGGCGACGCAGUUACAGUAUAUGGAGAUUGUUGUUCGCUACAGUUCCUUUUUCCAGCUCCACACCCAAUUGAUCCCAAGUGUUUUGGAGAGCUUCCUUCAACUUGCGCGACACCCAAUGAAGAAGGUCAAAACCCGAGCUUGGUACUUGUUCCAACGCCUAGCGAAGCAACUGCGUGCCUACGUCGGUAAUGUUGCCGAGACUGUAGUAGAGGCCUUGCGUGACUUGCUAGUCAUCCAGGCUGAGCUCCCCUCUGAGGGCUCUGACGGAGACGAGAUGUCGUCGGAGGACCACGAAGGUUCUGCCGAUGCUGUGUUCAACAGCCAACUGUACCUAUUUGAAGCUGUUGGAAUUAUCUGUUCCAUUCCCACCAUCCCUGCGGACAAUCAGGUGCUCUAUGCACAGUCCGUGCUGACCCCCGUCUUUGUCGACAUGGAAAAGAACCUAGGCCCAGCCAAAUCCGGUGAUGAACGAGCCGUGCUCCAAAUACACCACGACAUUAUGGCGCUUGGUACACUGGCUAGAGGGUUCUCGGACUGGAUGCCCGGAACCAGUUCCCCUUCACAGCUUCCUGCACCUGAAGUGUCCGAAGCGUUUGGCCAGGUUUCAGAAGCCACCCUCGUUGCUCUAGAGUCUCUCAAGGGAUCAUUCAAUGUCCGAACCGCUUCCCGCUUUGCCUUCUCCCGACUGAUUGGUGUCCUCGGAUCUCGGAUCCUUCCCCAACUCCCAAGAUGGAUCGAUGGCCUGCUCACCCAGACGUCGACGCGGGACGAGAUGGCGUUGUUUCUGCGUCUGCUCGACCAAGUUAUCUUCGGCUUCAAGGGUGAAAUAUACAACAUCCUCGAUGCCUUGUUGACACCUUUCCUACAACGGGUGUUUAGCGGGAUUGCUGACCCAGCCUCUGGCACCGAUGAUGAGAUUCACGUGGCAGAGUUGAAGCGGGAGUACCUCAACUUCCUGCUGGCAGUACUAAACAACGACCUGGGCGCUGUGAUAAUCAGCGAACGAAACCAACCCAUGUUCGACACUGUCAUUACGACGAUCGAACAUUUCGCCAAGGACGUCGACGACUUUAUGACUGCUAAGAUGGCAUUCAAUGUGCUAGCAAAGAUGGGAAGCUCCUGGGGUGGUCCGGAUAUCGCACCAGCAAACGGAGCCGCCGCAACGCAGGUCGCACUCCCUGGAUUCGGACAGUUCAUGAUCACGCGAUUCUCUCCGCUCUGCUGGGCUCUCCCGGCGAACCCGUCCUUCAACUCGAAAGACGCACAGGCGAAACAGGUCCUCGCGGAGGCGGGAGGCAUGCAACGGAUCAUCUACGGGAAGACGGGUAUGGAGUAUAUUGAGUAUCUCCGGGACCGGGAGUUGCCUGGUAUGGGUAUGGGUGCGGACCUGGUAGAGGAGUACGUGGGGACAUUGAGCCGGCUGGAUCUGAGGAGCUUCCGGCAGUUCUUUCCGUCAUUUAUCCAACGAUUGAGCGCAUGA